AUGUCCCUUCCGCCUCCUCCAGGUCUCAGACAGACUCCCUCGUCACUUCCGCCACGCCCACCUCCAUCCUCCAACACCGCGCAACCUCCCACCGCCAACCCUGCAGGCCAUGGUGGUAGAUCUCGACCGACAGGCUAUAGCGCCUUCACGGCGUUCCAGCCGCGCGCGGUAGCCUCCAGCCAACCGCAUCGCGCCACCCACCACUCAGUCCCGAAUACACCAGUCUCUGCUGCUGGAUAUGCAACCCCCGCAAACAGCUAUGUCAAUCACUAUCAACAACAUCAGGCAUACCAGGGUGCGCCUUCCUACUAUGGACAACCUCAAUACGCUGAAAACACAUACGGCCCGACUGUCCCACACAUCGCGAAUCCCUUCGGAUCUACUCCCAACCCGACCAACGCAGGGUUCCCACAGAAUGCCAAUGCCCCCGGCUUCGAUGCAGAAACCGAAGCUCAAAUCGCGCAGUGGCAGAGCGCCUACACCAAACCGACUGAUGACCCUGCUACCAAGCACCAAGGUAACCAGCCUGGUUCAGGCGUGAACACGGGAACCGGAACACCGACUCUCGGCGCCGGAACUCCUGUUCCGCAGCCCGACUCACAGAAAACAGUCAUUCGUUCUGGUGGUGGUGAAACAUGGACUGACCCCACCCUCUUGGAGUGGGAUCCGGCACAUUUCCGUCUUUUUGUCGGUAACCUCGCAGGCGAAGUGACGGAUGAGUCUCUGCUGAAGGCAUUUUCUCGCUAUACAUCGGUUCAGAAAGCUCGUGUCGUCAGAGAGAAGCGAACACAGAAGAGCAAGGGCUAUGGGUUUAUCAGCUUCAGCGGAAGCGAGGACUACUUCAAAGCAGGCCGAGAGAUGCAAGGGAAGUACAUUGGUUCGCACCCAAUCUUACUGCGCAAAGCCGAGACCGAGGUUCGCCCAGCUUCGAACCCCAAGCAUGGAAAGAAACCAAGCAAAGGCAAGGGCGCCAGAGGAGAUAAAGGAGAUAACACCGGAGCAGGUGGAAAAGUGAAGAAUGACGGUAUCAAAAAGUCCACCAAAACUAAGGGGGGCUUGAAGAUUCUGGGUUAA